CACAAGCGCGACAAGACGCGUUGCCUGCGGUCCCCCUCAGCGACUACUGUGUAUCUAGCAUCUACGGAUUCGUCGCACAAUAGCCACCCGAAAUGCAGAGAGCAACAACCGCUCAUUUCCACAUUUCGCCCCAGCCUUGAUCCCCAAUCUUGAUGCGCGCAUAGGAAUCAGGACCCUGACCGCAACGUUUUUCUCUUGGCGUUUUGACUCACCCGUCGAGUCGACGGCGCCAGCGCAAAGAUGCAUAUCAAGCAGAUCAUCAUCCAAGGCUUCAAAAGCUACAAGGAUCAGACAGUCAUAGAACCAUUUUCUCCAGGUACCAAUGUCAUCGUCGGGCGCAAUGGUUCGGGGAAGAGUAAUUUUUUCGCUGCGAUCCGAUUCGUCCUCAGCGAUGCGUACACCAACAUGAGCCGGGAGGAACGCCAGGCCUUGUUGCACGAAGGGUCAGGUUCCGCCGUCAUGUCUGCCUAUGUCGAGAUCAUCUUCGACAACAAAGACAAACGAUUCAGCGAGCCGGGUGACGAGGUCGUGAUCCGCCGGACAAUCGGCCUGAAGAAGGAUGAGUACUCGGUAGACAGGAAAGUCCAGACUCGUGCCGAUGUGCUCAAGAUCCUCGAGACGGCCGGUUUUGCGAAAGAGAACCCCUUCUACAUCGUGCCCCAGGGCCGCAUUGCGGCGAUCACCAACAUGAAGGAGUCCGAGAGGCUGAACCUCCUAAAAGAGAUUGCGGGGACCAACACAUACGACGACCGCAGGAUACAGUCCCUGAAGAUCAUGGCCGAGACGAACAGCAAGCGUGACAAGAUCGACGAGACGCUGGCGUACAUCGAGGAGCGCCUGAGCGAGCUAGAAGAGGAGAAGGAUGAACUCCGCGAUUUCCAGGACAAGGACAGGGAGCGAAGGUGUCUCGAGUAUGCGCACUGGCACCGCUUGCAAGCGACAAAUGCGGAGACGUUAGAACAAGUGGAGGAAGCGAGGCAGGGCGAGACUGGUGCAUCGAGCAAAGAUCGUGUGCAACUCCAGAAAACGGAGAAGGAGAUCGUCGUGCUGGACCAAGAAUCCCACGAACUCAAGCAAAACCUGGAUCUGCUUGCCAUGGAACGGCGACAGCUGGACGACGACCGGAGAGAUGCCGCUCGAGCGCGCGCGAAGGCGGAACUAAAAGUGAAGCAUCUGGAUGAGACCCGCCACACACGGGAACAGGCGCAGCAGAAGCAGGAGGCCGAAUUACAGGAGGUUAGGCGGAAAAUCCAGACGGCCGAGUCAGACCUCUCCAAGAUUACUCCCGAGUACGAGAAGUGGAAGAACCAAGAAGCCCAGAUCAGACUGCAGCGGGAUGAGGCAGUAGCGGGCAAAAACCGCUUGCUGACCAAGCAGACACGGAGUUCACAGUUCAAGACGAAGGCGGAGCGGGAUGCUUUUCUCAAGCAGGAAAUCAACGACGCCACGACGUCGUUGGCUGUGCAGAAGGCCAACGCAAUAGAUGCCCGGGAACAGGUACAUGCGGUCGAAGCAUCCAUCGCUCAGCUGGAGAAGUCGAUCCAGGACAUCCGCCAGAAUAUCGAGGGCUACGGUGGGAACCGAGUAUCGCUCGCCGAGAAGCUGACCAAGGCUCAGGAGGCCCGGGAGCAGCUGCACGAAGAGCGAAAGAGGCUCCGGCGGGAGGAGGACAAGCUCGGCUCGCUACUCUCCAACACCAGGGCGGAGAGGGAUCAAGCAGAGUCGUCGCUGUCCCAGGCUAUGGACUCGGCUACAGCCAAGGGUCUCGCGUCCAUCAGACGGCUAAAGCGAGAGAGGGAUAUUCCCGGCGCCUACGGCACUCUGGCGGAACUGAUGAAUGUGCCGGUCGAGGCAUACAAGUUGCCCGUCGAGCAAGUCGCUGGAAACAGCCUAUUUCAUUACGUUGUUGACAACGACAGAACCGCAACCAUGCUUUCCGACCAUCUGUACAAGACGUAUGGCGGACGUUUAACAUUCAUGCCUCUCGAACAGCUACGGCCAAAGCAUGCCAAGAUGCCCAGGGCGUCGGACGCGCAACCUCUUAUUAGCAAGAUUGAGUACGACCCAGCGUAUGAGAAAGCUUUUCAACAGGUGUUCGGCCGCACCAUCGUCUGCCCCAACCUGACCGUUGCAUCUCAAUACGCCCGGACUCACGGUCUGAACGCCAUCACGCCAGAAGGUGACACCACCAACAAACGAGGUGCAAUGACUGGUGGUUAUGUCGACGCCCGCAAGUCACGCCUCGACGCCGUCCGACGGGUCAGUCAGCUGCGAGACCUCUAUGAGCAGCAGCUGGCAGACAUCGACAAGAUCCGGAAGGAGAUAGAAGAGAUCGAUCAGAAGGUUACGAGUGCCAGCGGCGAGGAGCACAAGCUCGAACAGCAAAUGCGCCAGUUCGAGAUGGGCUUCGAGCCACUCAAGAUGGAGCUGCGGACGAAGAACGCACAGCUGGAGCGCGAGCGAGCUCACCUUGAGGCGGCCGUGGAACGGCAGACCCAGGUAGAGAAGAACCUCAAGGACCUAGACGACUCGAUCUCAACCUAUCAGGCGGAGCUUUCCCAGGACUUCAAGAAAGCCCUGACUGCCAGUGAGGAACGGCAGCUGGAGGAAUUCAGUGCCGAAGUACAUCGGUUGCAGCGUGAGCUGAAGGAAGUCAGCAAGAAGCGAUUCGAACUGGAAGGUCGCAAAAAGCUCCUCGAGACCGAGUUGCAGAGCCAUCUCCGGCCACAAGAGGAUCAAUUGCGAAGCCAAGCCUUUGAGAACUCGACGGCCGGCGGCAGCGAGAGCUAUAAGGAGGCGCAGCGGGAGCUCAAGAAGGCGCAGAGAACCAUGGUCGAGGUGGAACAGCAGCUGCAGGAGAACGAGAAGGAAGUAGAGAAGGUGAGCGGCAAACUCGCCGACCUCGAAGCUAAAAUGGCGCAGAAGGAGCAGGAGCUCCUAGAGCUUCAGAAGCGGAUAGAGCAGCACCAGAAGAAAAUGGAAAAGGCUAUCCAGGCAAGGGCCCGCCUUGUUCAACAAGCCGCCGAGUAUGCCAAGAAUAUCCGGGAUCUCGGUAUCCUGCCAGAGGAGGCGUUCGGCAAGUACGAGAAGAUGAAGCCAGAACAGAUUGAUUCGAGGCUCCGAAAAGUCAACGAGGCGCUCAAGAAGUACAAGCACAUCAACAAGAAGGCCUUCGAUCAGUAUAACAGCUUCACCACACAGCGCGAUCAGUUGUUGAAGCGGCGGAAGGAGCUCGACACGUCGCAAAAGUCAAUCGAGGCGCUGAUCGAGCAUCUCGACCAGGAGAAGGACGAGGCGAUCGAGCGCACGUUCAAGCAGGUGUCGAGGGAGUUUGCCACCAUUUUCGAGAAGCUUGUUCCUGCGGGCCACGGACGGCUCGUAAUCCAGCGCAAGGCAGACCGGGCGAAGAAGGCCAACGGCAAUGCCGACGACUCGGACGAGGAGCCGACGGGCGUGGAGAGCUACACGGGCGUAGGCAUCAGCGUGUCCUUCAACUCCAAGGUCAUGGACGAACAGCAAAAGAUUCAGCAGCUCAGUGGCGGUCAGAAGAGUCUGUGCGCUCUGUGCCUGAUCUUCGCCCUCCAGGCAGCCGAAUCAAGUCCAUUUGUCAUCUUUGACGAGGUCGACGCCAACCUGGACGCGCAGUAUCGCACGGCUGUCGCCGGCCUGCUCCAGUCCAUCUCGCGGGAGCAGAAAACACAGUUUAUUUGCACCACUUUCCGGCCGGAGAUUGUCCAUGUCGCCGACAAGUGCUAUGGUGUCACGUUCCACAACAAGACGAGCACAAUCGACUGUGUGCCGACAGAGGAGGCGUUGAAUUUCGUUGAGGGGCAGAAGAAGUGAGGGACGGUGGGGCUUACCUGGUAUGUAAUUGUGUUACUGUGUUGGUGAGCUGGUACUACACGGUGGUCAAGUAGGGUUGAUAUGGAUGGAGCUACAUCUCAUUGUGGAUUUGCGGAUGGGGCAUCGCUUGUACGCUCAAGCGGCACCCGACGGUUGCCGGCGUUGGAGGGGCAGGUGCCUGGCAGUAGCUGUAAGGCGAGGACUAUCUAGCUUGCUCCUACAGCGGAGCGGCUAUAUCCUACGCGUCUUUUAGCUUUCUUCAGCGCAUAUUGAAUACCCAAGCUCAGCUGAGCACUGGUAGGGCGCUGGUAGGGUAGGGCUUUCUCGACCUAGCUUGUCGCCCAUUCGGAGCUGAGCUCUAGCUUCGAUAUCAUUCUGCCCCACUGCCGCUCUAGACAUGCGAUUCUAGAAGUUACCCCACCAUUAUCGGGACGGGAGCUGUUCAAUGCACACUCAGGUAACU